CCGUCCGCCGGCGGAGCCCCGCCCAGCGCGUACCGCUGCUUUCAGAAACAAGUGUGCGAUGACAUCGGGCGGCGACUGACGGUGCGCGGGGACGCGUGGGCGGGGAAGCUGUCGGCCCCCGUGAGGAGGAGGAUGGCCCUCCUGGUGCGAGAGCUGGAGCGGCGCCGCUGGGACGCGGCCGACGAGAUCCACCGCUCGCUGAUGGUGGACCACGUGAAUGAGGUGAGCCUGUGGCUGGUGGGCGUCAAGCGGCUGAUCGCCGAGUGCAGGAACCUACCCGCGGCCGAGCCGGGCGAGGACGGCAACGCAGCCGGGUCCGGCCAGGAGGUGCCCGCACCGCCCGGGGCUGCGGACUGAGCGGGCUGGUGGGAGGAGGAGGAGACCUCGGCACCCGGGCGACGCUUUUGCCUUCUCACUUCUCUCUCAGAAAAGGGGAAUUUUAAUCACUGCAACAUCUCGGUGAUGCUAAAUAAACAGCGCUAAUCUGUC